UUAAUUUUUUUUCCAAAGUCUAAAGAAAAGAAAGAGCGCGUAAGUUUUUCUUAAUUCUUAUUAUUGCCAUUGCCGUUGCCAUAUCCAACAAGGUUUCUUCUGCAUAGAGGAGGAGAUCUUCACAAGGGUCUCUUUCACCUUCAAAGCUUCAACUUUUUUUUCAAUUAAAAUAAAGUUUGACUCCUUUAAACUUGUUGCUUCCAGAGAGCCUUCUUUUGUUGUUUCGGUAUAAAGGAAGGCUCUUUCGUUUGAAAUCAAUCUCUGGUCUUUUGUUGGUCCUUCUUCUUCUUCUUCCUCUUUCUUCUUCAUCUUCUUGUAGACAAGGUGUUUGAUAAAAUGUUGAGGUUAUGGAUGGGGUAUCUGAAGCUGGUGGAACUGUUUGUGAGCUCUUUGGUUCAUUUGCUUUAUGGAUUCUACAUUUUCAGCUCAGCUGUUGCUGGAGAUUUAUCUGAGUCGCUCAAUGAAAUUCUGUACCAAAAGCCUAAGAAGAUUGUUGAUGUCGUCAAUAAGGUCAGUGAGAAGAGAAUAAUUUCUGCUGACGAAGAAAACAGUGCUGCUUCUACCAAUGGUUAUGAUCUUCCUCCUAUUGUUCUUGUUCAUGGGAUUUUUGGAUUUGGCAAAGGGAAAUUGGGUGCUUUGUCAUACUUUGCUGGGGCAGAGAAGAAAGAUGAAAGGGUUCUGGUUCCGGAUUUGGGGUCUUUAACCAGCGUCCAUGAUAGGGCACGAGAAUUGUUCUAUUAUUUGAAGGGUGGCCAAGUUGAUUAUGGAGAAGAGCACAGCACGGCUUGUGGACACUCUCAAUUUGGAAGAAUUUAUGAACAAGGGCACUACCCUGAAUGGGACGAGGAUCACCCUAUUCACUUUGUUGGACACUCGGCUGGAGCACAAGUUGUUCGUGUCAUGCAACAAAUGCUUGCUGAUAAGGCAUUCAAGGGAUAUGAAAAUACAUCAGAACAUUGGGUAUUGAGCCUAACAGCAUUAUCUGGAGCGUUAAAUGGCACUACAAGAACCUACUUAGACGGCAUGCGGCCAGAAGAUGGAGUAUCAUUGAAAAAUGUUUGCCUGCUACAAAUUUGCCGCAUUGGGGUGCUUAUAUAUGAUUGGUUCGACAUUCCCUGGCUGAAGAAUUACUAUAACUUUGGCUUUGAUCAUUUCAACAUGUCGUGGAAGAAGGCAGGGAUAUCCGGCCUUGUUGACUGCCUCCUGGGGAAUGCUGGUCCAUUUGCUUCAGGGGAUUGGAUCCUCCCUGACCUUACAAUUCAAGGUACUAUAAAACUAAACAGCCAACUACGCACAUUUCCAGACACGUACUACUUCAGCUACGCUACAAAGCGUACCAGGAAGGUCCGGGGAAUCACGGUUCCUUCAGGCAUACUUGGAAUUCACCCGCUACUCUUUGUCAGAGUUUUGCAAAUGAGCCAGUGGACCUAUCCUCCAAAUGCUCCUCUCCCUUAUAAAGGCUACAGAGAUGAGGACUGGCAUGACAAUGAUGGAGCGAUGAACACAAUAUCUAUGACUCAUCCACGUCUCCCAAUUGAACACCCCAGCCACUUUGUAGAAAACGAUUCUGACUGCCAGCCCUUAGAACCUGGGAUCUGGUACUACAAGUAUGUUGAAGGUGAUCACAUACAAUUCAUUAUUAACAGGGAGAGAGCAGGAGUGCAGUUUGAUUUAAUCUAUGACAGCAUUUUUGAACGCUGCAGGAAGCAUGUUUUCAGAAAGAAGCUUCCAACAGUGCCAAAUGAAGUCCAUCACUAGCCUUAAAUUUGCAUCUCUUAGACACACCCUCUCUCCCCAUUUAUCAAUUGAACAGAGAAAAAAAAAAAGGCCAUUCAAUUCAUUUCUACCCCUCACCUUUGUAAAUGUAAAAAUUUUCUCUCAUUUUUCCAAUUUAUUUGUAGAAUUAUGAGAAGUAUCAGAAUCAAGUAGUGUAUACAGUGCUAUGAAUGCUAUCAAAAGUGAAAAUUAAUUACAUAUAAUUUGUUCAAA